AUGAGGCCAAAUCUUGGUGAAAUAAACCCUGAAAGUCAGCGACAUCAGCUCCAUGACAAUGCACUGUAUCUUGGUGUCAAAGUGUAUGAGCUCUUGAAACAUCCAGAUGUGAUCAGACAGCCCACAGAUAUCGCUCAGUUCUUCUCAUGCUGCAAAAAUUUCUACAAAGUUGCAGCCAUCGAAAUUAAAAAACGAUAUAACAUGGAAGAUCCUGUCUUGUCAAAGCUACAAGUUUUUGAGCCUGCAUCUGCACUCUCCUACAAUUUUAGGAGCAAUUUCCCUACACUUAUGCCUCUUAUGGAAGUGGUCCCCCGAAUAAUCGCAACAGCUGAUCAUGCAAAGAAACAAAUAAUCGACAAUCAAUGGAGGAGUUUGCCAAAUGCACAAGCUCGUCAUCCUAAAGGGUUGAAUGAAAUUAGUGAGCCAGAUAAGUUUUGGGCUCAAUUACUGACAACUGAAGACUUUUCCGAGCUAGCUCAUUUUGCCCUAUCUACACUGUCCCUACCCCAUGCGAAUGCUGACUGCGAGCGGGUUUUUAGUAAAAUCAAUUUAAUAAAGACAGAAAUACGAAACUGGCUAACUGUGAAAACAGUGAACGGCACACUUCUUGCUGCAGAGAGCGCAAAGGGUUCAACUCGUACUGGAAACUGCGUCAAUUUUGAGCCCACAAAAGAAAUGUAUAGUCGCAUGACAAAAGAUAAAAUAUACGGCAGAAAAAACGAUGACAGUGAGGAUGUUCCUGACAUAAUAUUUGGAGAGGAGAUGUAA